CAGGUGGUAUUUACUUGACUUUGAGCAUGGUUCGGUCAAGGAUGAUUAUUGUGGAGAAAGGACUGGGUACAACUCGGAAUUAUUGAAGAUCAUGGAAGCUAACCAAUCUCCUCCUCGCAAGCGACCACGCAGAGACAGAAACCGAGAGAAAGCAUCCUUCCUGAACUCGGCUGAAGCAAUGAAGCUAGAUAUUUGGAGCGAGUUCCCUGAAGACCUUUUUGAAACUGUCAUUGCAAGGCUUCCAGUGGCUGCAAUUUUCCGAUUCCGCUCUGUUUGCCGGAAGUGGUGUUCUCUGGUAGUCUCAGACAAUUUCUCUCAGCAGUACUCUGAAGUCCCACAGGGAAUGCCAUGGUUCUAUACAAUCACACAUGAGAAUGGCAACAACAAUGUAGCGAUGUAUGACCCUUCCCUAAACAAGUGGCACCACCCUUCUGUUCCCCUUGCUCCUGCAAACAUAGUAAUGCCAGUGGCAUCUGCAGGUGGCCUUGUGUGCUUAUUGGAUCUUAGCCACAGGAACUUCUACAUAUGCAACCCUCUUACACAAUCACUAAAGGAAAUUCCUCCCAGGUCAGUCCAGGCAUGGUCAAGAGUGUCAGUGGGGAUGGUGCUGAAUGGAAGAACUUCUAAUGAGGGUUACAAAGUGAUGUGGUUGCGAAAUGAUGGAAAUCAUGAAGUUUACGACUCAGUGCAGAAUAUGUGGUCUCAGCCAGGCGAGUUUCCUCCAAGCAUCAAGCUCCCACUUGCUCUAAAUUUCAGGUCACAGCCAGUCGCGGUUGGCAGCACGCUGUACUUCAUGUGCUCAGAACCCGAGGGUGUUUUGUCAUAUGAUGUAAGCACUGGGAUUUGGAUUCAUUUCAUCAUCCCGCUGCCGCUGCAUCUGACUGACCACACACUUGCCGAGUUCCAGGGGAAGAUCAUGCUUGUGGGUCUGCUGUGCAAGAACGCAGCAACCUGCGUCUGCAUCUGGGAGUUGCAGAAGAUGACUCUCCUCUGGAAGGAGGUGGACAGAAUGCCAAAUAUCUGGUGCUUAGAAUUCUACGGUAAGCACAUGAGGAUGACCUGCCUGGGCAACAGCGGCUUGCUCAUGCUCUCCUUGAAGGCGAAGCGGAUGAACCGCCUCGUGAUGUACAACCUUGUGAGCAAGGAGUGGCAGAAGGUUCCUGACUGCAUGCUCCCUUGCAGCCGCAAGAAGCAGUGGAUAGCAUGUGGCACGGCAUUCGGCCCGUGCCCCUCUGCCUCGCCCUGACGGUUCUCAGCAAAGGUUGACAUUGUCGCUUUCAUUUUGUUACACAUUCCUGUGUCGUCGCGACUUGGCGAGAAGGUUAUCUGUUAUGUUAUUGUACAAAUUCAUGUCAAAGUGGUUGUUUUCGUUACUUGCUGAAGCAAUCGGACCAUUUUGUUACUGUCAGUUUUAUCAUCCACGAGAAUUUGUGUCGGUGCAAUGGCAACUGAUCAGUUGAACUGAAUCUGUUAAGGUUACUGCGAUCAAAAGGCUGAAGAGCAGACAUCUGUUACUGUAUUAGAACUUUUAUUUGUUCCGUUGUUGUGUCAUGUUCAGUAUGUAAUAUUUGUACUAAAUCUCGGGUCAUCUCCUCAGCAAAACUGAGCCUACUCUAUAAUAAUAACAACUGGAGUUGUAUUGA